UCCAACCUACGUCACAGGCCCGUGUUGCUAUUGGGCUGAGCGCGAAAUUUAAAUUCGCGGAACGUUUAAAGGAACGUUUGCAAGAGAAACACAAGAGAAAUGGAUAUCGCUACUUAUUUACAGCGGUUUGAGGACAGAAUGAGCUCCUACACCGGAGACGACCCUCUGGACAAGUGGGACAAGUUUGUGGAGUACCUGGAGCAGAGCCUCCCUGCAGACGGCCUCGGCGGGAUGGCGCUGGUGUUUGACUCUCUGGUUCGGAGGUUUUUAAACGUCAAGCAAUAUGCCAACGACCUCCGAUACGUGAACUGCUGCAUUAGAUGUGCGGGCUUCUCCCCCGACCCCGUCGCUCUGUUCAGUCACGUGUACAGCAAGGGCGUCGGUACCACCACCGCCGCCCUGUACGUGGCCUGGGCCCGACAGUUCGAGCACCGAGGGAUGAAUGAGCAGGCCGAGGCCGUCUAUAAGAAAGCUGUGGAGAACCGAGCCCAGCCGGCCGACACCGUCCUCGCUGAACUCCGAUAUGGAAUCUUUCUCAGGGACGCCGUCCAGGAGGAGAAGCUUAACGUGUCGCAGGGCGGGACGGCCAACCUGUCUCACAUCACUCCCAACACCUCGCUGGGCUUCGUUCAGGCCACGCCCUCCAGAGUGCUGCCGUCUCCCACCGUCAACACGCGAGAGGCUCUGGGUGUGAUCAUGGACAUGUUCCAGGCGUCCACGCUCCUGGAGGACCCGCCCGGCGGCGCGGCGCCACCCCGGACCGCCGGGCGGGAGUUUGAUCCCGGUCACCAUGGCGACGGCGUCCCAGCGGCUCCGUUCAUGGUUUUUCAGGACGAGGACAGCGGCGGGGCCGCGCCGCCGGAGAAGUCUAAGCCAAUCAGAGCUCUGCUGGAGAUCCCCGCCCCCACCAGACCCAGCGAGCCCCCGGAGCCCCCCCCCGAUGAGAGCACCAUGUGGGGCGCUCGCUACAACUCCCUCUGCUCGCUGGCAGCGUGCCCCAACACCACCGACGACUUCAACAUGCUCGCCCGGUUUGUCUCCACCCCCUCCACCCACAAGGCCUCCUUCUCCUUCUGUGAGGGGGAGCAGGAGAACGUUUGUGGAGACGGGGAGGACGAAGCUUUCACCAGACGGCAGCCAAAGAAACUCAGCCCCAUCAUGGAGCAGAGUCCCUCCAGCGACGUGGCCUUCGGUCCGCCCCCCCCUUCCUCCUCCGCUGCACACGGCACCAUUGUCGGCGAAGGCCUCACCCCGCCACCCCACUGCGCCUCCUCUUCCAUCUCCAUGGUGCAGCCGCCGCCUCCCGCCGUGCUGUCCUUCAGGGACCAGACCCUGUGUCCCGUUGACUCCUCCUCGGCCGCCGGCUGGGACGUGUACACGAGCCCCGAGCAGGCCGCUCCUCCCCCCCAGCAGCUGGGGGCGGAGCCAUUCACUGUCAUGGAGGACUCGGACAAACCGGUCAGUCCUGCAAGGGCGCGGGGGGGCGACGCCGGCAACGUCCCCAUGAGCCCAGAGGGCUUCGUCUGGAGCCCCGAGCGCCGGGCCGAGCCAGACCGGGACUCCUCCCCAAGGCCCCGCCUCCAGACGCAGCUCUGUGCCGACGUGCCCAUGAGCCCGGCGCACCCGCAGUUCGCCAUCGAGGACGAACUCAUGAACAGUCCGGGCGCUGCCGACGUGCCCAUGGACACGGCUGGGGGGGCGGCUGCGGUCCAUCUGGUGUCGGACCCCUGGGACGAGGAGCUGAUGGCCCGUCUGAUGGCGUCCCUGACUCCGCCUCUCGACACACACCCCCACUGCAUCCGCUGGCAGUGCAAAGUCCCCAACAUCGCCCCCAAGACCAGCAUCAGCAUCGGAAACGCGUCACUGCGAGUCGACUGCGUCCUCGGAAAAGGAGCGUUCGCUACAGUUUACCAGGCGACCGACCCCGUGACCUCCAACCGGACGGUGCUCAAGGUCCAGAAGCCGGCCAAUCCCUGGGAGUUUUACGUGACCACGCAGCUGGACGCUCGCCUGCGGCCGGAUGUCCGUCACCUGUUCAGCACCAUCCGCUCCGCCCACUUCUUCCUCAAUGGCAGCGUGCUGCAGGGCGAGCUCCACGGUCACGGCACCCUGCUGAACGUGGUGAACAUGUACAAGACGCUGAGCGAAAAGGCCAUGCCGCCGCCCCUCGUCAUGUACUUCACCGUCUGCAUCCUGCACAUGGUGGAGCAGCUGCACGCCGUCCACAUCAUCCACGGCGACAUCAAACCUGACAACCUGCUGCUUGGAGAGCGGUUCCUCGACAACAGGUGCUUUGAGCCGGAGAACGUGGACCACGGUCUGCACCUCAUCGACCUCGGCCAGAGCAUUGACAUGGAGCUUUUCCCAGAAGGCACUGCUUUCACCGCCAGGUGCCUGACGUCAGGCUUCCAGUGCACCGAGAUGCUCAGCGGGAAGCCCUGGAGCUACCAGACGGAUUAUUUUGGGAUAGCGGCGACCGUGUACUGCAUGCUGUUCGGGUCGUACAUGCAGGUCACCACUGAGGGCGGCGUGUGGAGGACCAACGGCGUCUUCAGGAGGAAGCCCCACGCUGACCUGUGGCAGGACUUCUUCCACGCCCUGCUCAACGUGCCGCAUGGCGCCCUCCCGCUGAGCCUGGGGGGCCUCCGGCGCUCGCUGGCCUCGGCGCUGCAGGAGAACUACGGCGCCAAGCUGCCCUCACUCAAGAGCCGCAUGAUGGUUCUUCUUCUGGAGAACCGCAAGGCAGCGAAGAGAUGAGCGGGAGGCGGGGCUUAACCGUGUCAGUCAUUCAAUUAAAAAACAUGCAAUUGUUAUUCAGCUGUUUUUUUUGCUGGCUUUCAGAUUGUCUGAGAGUUGAUGGACAAAAAUGAGAUGUGCUUAAAUAGAGGAGAUGGAAUUUAUUAAAGUUAUUUGAUCUGAACGUUCUUUAUUUCAUGUUUUAAUCGAUUACAUUGUUUUCUCUUGUGUCUAAUAUUUGUUGUAUUUGCUGCGUUCUAGAAAAGGAAAAGCAAUUUCAUGUUGUUGCUUCUGGCCAAAUGAAAGUAGUUCUCGAAGCGGCCACCAGGGGGAGUCACACUCUGUCUGACUGACAACCACGAGUCACCUGAGCUCACGAGGAUCAGUGGGGGCGUCGCCCUGCAAAUGGCUCUACCUGUUCAGACCUGUAGCUCCGCCCACUCGUCCGACAGCCUACAGAUUCCAUCCGGGUUCCAAACAACGAGCUUCACGCGCAGACAGAGAGGCGACAUUAGACGAGGAGUCUGCAGCGGUUCAUUUACCCUGCGGGGGGGUGGGGGGGGGGGGUUUCUGACCCUCCGUGCUGCCUUCAAGUUCUGUCUGAACUGGCUUCAAAUUCAACUUUCAGUUGUAUCAACAAAUAUGUUGAGCAUUCCUGCCAAUAAACAUUUAAAUGAG